CUCUCCUUAGCCUUUCCAACUCUUCCUGAGGCCUUCGGGACUCUACCUUAGUCUUCGGGUGUCGUAACUGUCGGGUAGGAGCUAACAGGGUAAAUGGUAGUACAGUACAAGGGAAUCGAAUAGAGGUUAAGGCUGGAGAAUCAUGGUCGGUGUUUUCCUUGCCGAUUUCAUAAUGAAAUUGGUAGCGGCCGAUUGUUAUUGCGGGGCCAUCUCCGUCAUUUGCGCUUGAAAGCUUGACCUUCACGCUCUUUUCUUACCACUAGGUUGAUUUCUCCCUCACAAGCGCUCGGCCAACGGUCGCAUCUCCGGUAUUACAUGAAGUCGAUCCACAUUCAUCUCUAGACAUCUGAUUUCUUAACGAUUUCCCUUUCAUAAACAUCCACCAUGUUCAAGAAGAAGCCAACGAUCAAAAACCUCUCGCCCUUACGGUCCUCGGACCGCCGAAAGAUCGCGGAUCAAAUCAUCAGCGACUACCAAGUCGAGAUUCCAUCCAGCGCGCCCGCUGGCGAAGACUCAACUUCGUCGAACCCCGCGCCCAACCUCACCUCGAUUCGAAAUGCCCUCCUCCCCGAAAACUCCUUGUCGGCACGCUUCACAACGACUGCGGGUCCUCAGCUCCGAGAAGUUCAAGGGACAGUAUACGUCGGGACGCACCCCGGAGGGGAGGAACGGGUCUUAUGGUUCAGACUCGACCAUGGCCCUGGUGCGGACGGACGCCUCUAUCCGACAGUCUACACGUUGUGGAACAACCCCAACCUGGUGCCCUUACUCUACACUCCAGAGAUGGUCAUGCGCAAACUACACGGGGGAGCCGACCUGAUGACGCCGGGUCUCGCGAAUGAACCACCUUUCCCUAAGCGCGCGGUCGAAGGGGCCGUGGUGGCUGUCGCCAGCUUGGAUCGACAUACUGUACCGCUUUUCGUUGGAAUAUGCGAGAUCGAUGUUUCGGCAUUAGGAGAGGUGCAAGGCACUAAGGGACAUGCGGUUCGGGGUCUGCACUGGGAGGGCGAUGAGUUGUGGGCUUGGAGCUCGUCCUCGCGUCCUGGUCAACCCGCGCCGGAAUAUCUGCCCGGCUGGGAUGAGGAAGAGGAUGAGGGUGAUGAGGAAAUAGAAGAGGCUGCAGAGGGCGUAAACGAGCUGGCUCUGGGCGAGGAGGAAAACUCUCAUGCAGCGGUGAAUGAAGAGUCAACCGAAACUCCAGAAGAACCGCUCGAGGAACCAGCUCCAAUAGAGGAAAAGGAGCCGUCGAUGAAAGAAAUCGACGACGCCUUCGUAAAGGCCUUCAUAUAUUCUCUGUAUAAGCUCAAACAGGACAAUCCGUCCGCGAACAACCACGGAUUGGCCCUUCCCAUCCAGCCAUCUUUCCUGAUCUCGAAUAUGAUUACGCCCUACCUUCCGAUCUUUUCUGCACAACAGGCUCAAUACUAUCAAAUCAAGAAAACCAGCUGGAAGAACGUCAAGAAGUUUAUCAAGUAUCUUGAUAAGCAACAGCUCGUCAAGUCCAAGGAUCGGAGCGGUCAAGAGACUAUUAUUCUCGACGUGGACUUCAAUGACCGCCUUGUCGAGCAGUUUGUCCCUUAUAGACUCCCAUCCAAGAAUGCCGUCGAGAAUUCGAAGAAGGCCGGCGUUUCUACGAACAAGAAGCCCGGAGCGACAGGCGGCGAUCCCACCGUUGGCCAAACACUUACAGUUCAGACUCUCUAUCGGCCCACACAGAAGCUGACUCCGACAAUAUUCCCAGCAUUGUCCAGUACCAACCCUCAGAAUUAUUACAAAUACUCCGAUGUAUCCAACCAUCUAGACCAGUACCUCCAAUCUCAAAACCCCCCGAUCGUCGACCCUCAGAACCGGCGUAUCAUCUCUCUCAACCCCUUCCUCGCCAACACUAUCUUUACCACCUCUUCAUCCGAGGAUAGGAGUACCACUGCACGAGGCAAGACAACCCGUGAUGGACUUCAGAAACGCAUCAUGGAAGACCAUAGUCUCAUGACUGCACACUACGCCAUCCUUCGAGCAGGACAAACUCUCUCGGACGUGAAGCCCAAACCCGGUGCGACACCAAAGGUAACAGUGAUCCUUGAGCGCCGCACGGGCUCGAAGACCGUUACCAAGGUCUCCAACCUGGAAGUGUUCGGCAUCAUUCCUAGCUUGCUGGCCGAGGAGCUGCAAAAGCAGUGUGCCAGUAGCACGAGCGUGGCGCAGGCCAACGGCGCCCCGAAGGGCGUCAUGGAAGUGCUUGUGCAGGGUGAUCAGCGGCGCGCAUUGGAAACAGCCUUGGUCCGACGGGGAUUGAAGACGCAAUGGAUUGAUGUGGUGGACAAGACUAAGAAGAAGAAAUAG